CUUGUCUUCUGCCUUAGGCUAAUUUCUGUUACAUGAGUUUCAAGCGACUGGCUUUUGCUGAUGCUCCACAUACUGAACUUUGGUGCCACCGUUAGAAGCUUGCAACCAUGGGUACACAUGCGCCUGGAAAAUUCCCGUUUUUCAAAUCGGAUAUGCCGAGUAGUCAAGAUCUAUCUAGGUGUAACUUUCGGCAUGGCCCUUCAUCUCUAUUUCAUCUCUGACGUCUACGUCAGAAGCUCGAAUCGCCGUCGGGAUCGUCGUUUGUCCGCUUUAAAAGAGUAUCUAGGAGGAUGAUCCGGGUAGCUAGGGAGAUGUUAAAUAGAUUGACUGGUUGAACCAGGGUGAUGGCUGUACAAGGAUUGGCCGUACUGGACUAUAAUUGCCAUUAUUAAUAGAAUCCUAAUGUAUC